AUGAAUCUACCCCAAACUAUUAGUCGUGCAUCAGUAGAUUUAGAUUCAUCAAUGUUAAAUAAUAGUAUCGGUGCACCAACACCAAAAUCAGUUCAAUCGGAGACAACAAAAACGCCAGUACCAGUAACAAAUUUCAUUAUACCAGAAUGGGUUUUAUUUUCUUUCGAUUUUUUAUGUAUCAUUUGUUCAAAAUCAACACAUAUCUAUCCAAUUAAUUCCAAUUUACCACCACAGAUCAAAGUAUUAUUUAUCUCACGUUAUGAAUUAGUUCAUGUAACUGAAACACAAGUACGUGAACAAGUAUAUAAACUUUAUGCAAAUAUGUAUAAACAAUUAUUUGAUGUAUUUGAUUAUCAAGAUACAAAAUGGAAUCAAUUAAUGUUACAUAGAACUGAAUAUUUAAGACAGAUGAAUAAAAUAAAAAAAGGAAUGAUGGAAUUAGAAGAAACAAAACGUAUAAAUAAAGAAUUGAUAAAAAUUUUUCAAGAACACGAACAACUUAUUCAUCAAGAUAAUAGUCGAUAUCAACAACCUAUUCGACAAUAUCAAUCAGUAAAUAAUCAAAUGCGACCAUCAUCCGUAGCUUCAUCAACUUCAUUAAAUUUUGCACCACCACAACAACAACAACAAAUAAUUCAUAAUCCUUCAGCAAUAAUAAAACCUCAAGUUACAGGAACAUUACCAAAUUCUCAACAACAUGUGUCUCGACCUGAACCUGAUAAAUUAAUGACAUAUGAACAAGCAAUGAUCUAUGCACAUCCAUCAUUAAAAGAUGCUUUACGUUUAGCUCAUCGACGUAAAAUGUCGUCGAAAAAUAGUGGAACUACUACUUCGAAAUAG